CUUUGCUUUUUUUGUUCUUCAGGUAUACAAAGAUGAAGACAGCAACCAACAUCUACAUUUUCAAUCUGGCUAUGGCAGAUGCUUUGGUUACCACAACUAUGCCUUUCCAAAGUACCGAGUACCUGAUGAACUCUUGGCCCUUUGGUGAUGUGCUGUGUAAAAUAGUUAUUUCCAUUGACUAUUAUAACAUGUUUACCAGCAUAUUCACACUAACCAUGAUGAGUGUUGAUCGAUACAUUGCCGUGUGUCACCCUGUGAAGGCUCUGGACUUCCGUACACCUCUCAAGGCAAAGAUAAUCAACAUCUGUAUCUGGCUGUUGUCCUCAUCUGUUGGUAUAUCUGCAAUAGUUCUUGGAGGUACUAAAGUCAGGGAAGAUACUGCUAGCACUGAAUGCUCCUUGCAAUUUCCAGACAGAGAUUACGUGUGGUGGGACAUCUUCAUGAAAAUCUGUGUCUUUGUCUUUGCAUUUGUUAUUCCAGUUCUCAUUAUAAUUGUUUGUUAUACCCUGAUGAUCCUGCGCCUUAAAAGCGUACGGCUUCUCUCAGGGUCUCGAGAAAAAGAUCGAAACCUGCGCCGCAUCACCAGGUUGGUUCUUGUGGUUGUGGCAGUUUUUAUUAUCUGUUGGACUCCUAUUCACAUUUUUGUGCUGGUUGAAGCAUUAGGGAAUGUGUCCCACAGCACUGCUGCCAUAUCCAGCUAUUACUUCUGUAUUGCUUUGGGUUACACCAACAGUAGCCUCAAUCCAAUCCUCUAUGCUUUUUUGGAUGAAAACUUCAAGAAGUGUUUCAAGGACUUCUGCUUCCCCUUUAAGAUGAGAAUGGACAGGCAGAGCACCAGCAGAGUCAGAAACACGGUGCAAGACCCGGCUUAUAUGAGGGAAGCAGAUGGGACAAACAAACCUGUAUGACUAGUCGUGGAAAUGUCAUCCUACUGUCCUCAAGAGAGAGAAGAGUCCAACGACCUAGGACUGACGCAGAUUACCACUGCAGUUUGAACUAGACUCACCCAGGCAGAUGUUUCUGGAAUAUUUCGGAAAUCCUAAUAGUUUGAACUAAAACAAGAUAAUUAUUGACAAACAAGAACCUCCUGAAAAUAAUCUCAGAUGAGAAGG